AUGGGAUCGAGUCAGACUAUCGAAAAGCUACAAUUCCGUGUUGCAUCAGCUAGUACUCGAAUGUUUGCUCGCAUAGUGGGUGUAACCUGGAGACCUGGACUUGGAACCGGUUAUUACAACUUGCGCUACAAGGUCUAA